CCUAAGAGGCGGUGGCCGGGGCCACGCCCCGAGCGGGAGGGCCGCUCUGUGCGCGUCCGCUCUAUGAUGCUUGCGCGCGUCCCCCGCGCGCCGCGCUGCGGGCGGGGCGGGUCUCCGGGAUUCCAAGGGCUCGGUUACGGAAGAAGCGCAGCGCCGGCUGGGGAGGGGGCUGGAUGCGCGCGCACCCGGGGGGAGGCCGCUGCUGCCCGGAGCAGGAGGAGGGGGAGAGCGCGGCGGGCGGCAGCGGCGCUGGCGGCGACUCCGCCAUAGAGCAGGGGGGCCAGGGCAGCGCGCUCGCCCCGUCCCCGGUGAGCGGCGUGCGCAGGGAAGGCGCUCGGGGCGGCGGCCGUGGCCGGGGGCGGUGGAAGCAGGCGGGCCGGGGCGGCGGCGUCUGUGGCCGUGGCCGGGGCCGGGGCCGGGGCCGUGGCCGGGGACGGGGCCGGGGCCGGGGCCGCGGCCGUCCCCCGAGUGGCGGCGGCGGCCUUGGCGGCGACGGCGGCGGCUGCGGCGGCAGCAGCGGUGGCGGCGGCGCCCCCCGGCGGGAGCCGGUCCCUUUCCCGUCGGGGAGCGCGGGGCCGGGGCCCAGGGGACCCCGGGCCACGGAGAGCGGGAAGAGGAUGGACUGCCCGGCCCUCCCCCCCGGAUGGAAGAAGGAGGAAGUGAUCCGAAAAUCUGGGCUCAGUGCCGGCAAGAGCGAUGUCUACUACUUCAGUCCAAGUGGUAAGAAGUUCAGAAGCAAACCUCAGUUGGCAAGGUACCUGGGAAAUACUGUUGACCUCAGCAGUUUUGACUUCAGAACUGGAAAGAUGAUGCCUAGUAAAUUACAGAAGAACAAACAGAGACUGCGGAAUGAUCCUCUCAAUCAAAAUAAGGGUAAACCAGACUUGAAUACAACAUUGCCAAUUAGACAAACUGCAUCGAUUUUCAAACAACCAGUAACCAAAGUCACAAAUCAUCCUAGUAAUAAAGUGAAAUCAGACCCACAAAGAAUGAAUGAGCAGCCACGUCAGCUUUUCUGGGAGAAGAGGCUACAAGGACUUAGUGCAUCAGAUGUAACAGAACAAAUUAUAAAAACCAUGGAACUACCUAAAGGUCUUCAAGGAGUUGGUCCAGGUAGUAAUGACGAGACCCUCUUAUCUGCUGUUGCCAGCGCUCUGCACACGAGCUCUGCACCAAUCACAGGGCAGGUUUCCUCGGCCGCUGUGGAAAAGAACCCGGCUGUUUGGCUGAACACCUCUCAACCCCUCUGCAAGGCUUUCAUUGUCACAGACGAAGACAUUAGGAAACAGGAGGAGCGAGUACAGCAAGUACGCAAAAAAUUGGAAGAAGCACUGAUGGCAGACAUCUUGUCACGAGCUGCUGAUACAGAAGAGAUGGAUCUGGAAAUGGACAGUGGAGAUGAAGCCUAAGAAUAUGAUCAGGUAACUUUCGACCAACUUUCCCCAAGAGCAAAUUUCUAGAAUUGAACAAAAAGCGUUUCCACUGGGUUUUGCCUGUAAGAAAAAAAUGUACCCGAGCACAUAGAGCUUUUUAAUAGCGCUAACCAAUGCCUUUUUAGAUGUAUUUUUGAUGUAUAUAUCUAUUAUUCAAAAAAUGAUGUUUAUUUUGAGUCCUAGGACUUAAAAUUAGACUUUUGUAAUAUCAAGCAGGACCCUUAAGAUGAAGCUGAGCUUUUGAUGCCAGGUGCAAUCUACUGGAAAUGUAGCACUUAACGUGAAAUAUUUGUUUUCCCCCCCGUUUUAAUAUGAACCGAUCAGGAGUACCAAAUAAAUCUCCCAAUUAAAGAUUAUUGUGACUUCACUGUAUAUAAACAGAUUUUUAUACUUUAUUGAAAGAGGACACCUGUACAUUCUUCCAUCAUCACUGUAAAGACAAAUAAAUGAUUAUAUUCACAGACUGAUUGGAACUCUUUCUGUUAAAGAGCACACAUAAUAAAUAGCCACCCCCCCAUUCCCCCCUCCCCCACCCUCCCCCCAGGAUUCCUGAUUUACAGUCAGCUGUGAUCCCUGGGCCUUAGGUUUCAAAUGGAGGUGGUGGAGAAUAGCUCAUCCAUUUGCAGUUCGCCUCCGGAAAGCGAAUUCUAAGUUGCCAUCUAGCAUGUGUGAUGUUUUUUUUCCUUGCCCGUGACUAGUACGUUUGUUAGUUUUAUAAAAAUAAAGCGUUUUCUUCCCUUGGGCAUGAGUGAGGUACAUAAGUACCCUUCAGAUGGUACUGGAAGGUCCAUGUCUGUCGUUUUUUUCUAGGACACUUUGCAUUUUCUAAUGUCCACUGGCCCUACUGAGUUAACAGGUGCAGCUUAGACCCCUUGCCACAGAAAGAGGCAGCUUUCUAGACAGAGUUGCUUCAUGAGCCAGAUUGUAAUACUACUCAUCAGUACCCAGCCUCCACAGUAUUAACGUUUUGUUGUCGUUGUUGAAACUCUUAAGUGUAACUUCAUUCCCACUUAAAUUCCUUGAUACCUAAUGACUAAAACUGGCACAACAUUAUUAAAUGAGUUUUAAAAUCAAAACAUACUUAAGUUAAUCUGAUGCCAAGGAAAGGAGGGGGAGUGUUCAUAAGCAAAUUUAAACACAUUUUGAGAAAUAGUAUCUUUCUAUGGGAAGGGUUUAUGUACUUCUUCACUCUGAGUUCUUUUAAAAUUAGACCCAGAAAUGAUGUGGUCACCAGUGUGACCAAUUCCAUGUAAAUGUCACCUGUACAUUUUAUUACGGCUACCUCCAGCACCCUUCCCAUUCCUGAGGAAGGGAAAGAAAAUAGUCAAAGCAAUACAACUGGCUAGGUUGGCACUCUUGUCUCUCUGGAUCUUAUGCCAAACUACGUAAAUAACACCUUUUUGGAAUUCCUGAUUUACGUCCAACCUGGGUCUUUGGGCCUUAGGCCACUAGUAUCCUCCGAGUGGUCUCGCUGGCAAAUGAGGUGGGGUGCUUGCAGACUCUGAGCAGACGAUUGGCCUAGGAGGCCUGCUCUGGGCCCAUCAAACUGCCCCAGUGGGGCUGGCAGUGGGAAGUUAAUAUUGAUUUCUUUUUAAAAACUGGUGUGACUACUUAGAAUGGAUGUCCAAAGGCUUUUCUUAGACUCCCCCAAGUCCAUGAGUUCUCUUUUGUAAUCAGGCUUGGGGUAACUUCACCUUGGUGAUCAUAUGUUCUUUUUACAAAGCUAUCCAAGAUAGACAUGCUUUUAUAAACAGCUUUUGUAAAAGCAAAAACACAAUGUACACACAUAUACAACUUUGAUUUUUGUUCCUAUAUCCUUUGCUCAGGUAGAGAACAAGGUAUGAAAGCCAUUACAUGGUGUCCAACUGGGACCAUCCCAUAAAUCCAGGUGUUCCCAAGAUACCCACAGGACGACAUGUCCAGAAUUAAAUUCAUUAUCUUAGCCCCCAAAUCUAUCAUCAUCUUGCAUCCCCUAACUAGGGUAAAAGCAAGUCAUCUGACCCAAUUGCUCAAGGCAGAUGCCCAUGAGUGAUCCCAGAUGCCACUCUUUCCCUUGCCUCCACUGUUCCAUCAGUCCUGUUAGAACUACUAAAUGCACUUCUCACAUCCAUACCUCUUCUCUAUUCCUGCAACCCACUGCCUUCCUACAAGCUCCUUUCCUCUCCUCUGGACUUUCAGUGGCUAACUUCCUUCCUUCCUUCCUUCCUUCCUUCCUUCCUUCCUUCCUUCCUUCCUUCCUUCCUUCCUUCCUUCCUUAUGGUCCUCAAAGCAAAUGUGACCAUAUCAUUUCCAUACUCAAAAUUUCUCACUUCUCUCUGUAAUUUUUAAGAAUUAUUUUAAGAAUAAUAUUUUAAGAGUGAGCACUUUCCAAUGAAGAAAACCUGUGUUUGAACCCUGAUUUUGCCAUUUGUGUGACUUGUCAGGUUACUUAAUCUCUUUGAGCCUGUUCCUCCUCAGUGAAAUAGGAAUAAUAAUACCUACCUCAUAGAGUCGUCGUGAGGACUAAGUGAGAUACUGUUUAUAAAGUGUUUAGCACAGUGCCUAGUGCAUAGUGAGUGCUCCCGUUGGGGCUUGCUAUUGUUAUAACCCCUGCAGGUGUCUGUUUUAUGUCACUUCCGAGAGGCAUUUUCUAAUAACUGUAACUACUCUCCACCCCCCAUAAUACUCAUUUCCUGCCUCAGCACUCUGUUUAUUUCCUUUGUAGAAAUCUUCUAAAUCUGUAUUUAUUUGUUAACUUUUUGUCUAUCUCUCUACUAGAAUGUAAGCUCCACGAGAGCGAGGAUGUGUCUGUCUUGUUCCCUGUUACAACCCCAGCACUUAGCCUAGUGCCUGGCACAUAGUAAGCACUUAAUAAAUGUUUGUUGAAUAAAUGGAUGAAUGAUCAAAAGGCUCUUCAUGAUCUGAUACCCGCCUAUUUGUCUGGCUCAUCCUGCCACUCUCCCCAUUGUAGCUUCAGCUCAAGAAAAACCGCAUUACUUGGUCCUUCGAAGUGCUCCUUGGGCCUCUGUGUCUUAGCACCUGUCAUUUCCUUUGCCUGCCUGUCUACAUGGCAAAUUCCUGGUUACUGGUCAAGUCUCAGCUCAGUGGCUACCUCCUCUGUGAAGCUGUCCCUGAUUUCUCCAGGCAGAUGUUCUUCCCUCUUCCAAGUUCCCACUGCACUUUGUAAAUACCUCCAUGGAAGCACUUUACUGUAUUGUAUUGUAAAUUUGUUUGCAUGUCUGUUUCUACUUUUAGACUGUAAGCACCGUGAAAGCAGAGAUUGCAUCUUUUCAUCUUAAUGUCCCCAGAGCCUAGCACAGUGCCCAGCACAUAACAGUUUUGUCAAUAAAUAUUUGUUGAAUGAAUUUGUCAAUGAACAAAGAGUCUUGCAGUUGGACAGGUGUUGCGAGACGUAUGUAUUAUCAAGGAAAGGAAUGCCCCUGGUGGCUUCCAGUGUAUUUCUUUGUUCUAGAAAAGAGAUCUAGAAAGCAUUAUGUAAUCUCUCUGAAUAUAAGAUUACUUGUUUGAAUUUUAAAGAUAAGUUGAAUAAUAUAGAUCUUCAUAAAUGAUUGCAAACGAUAUCAAAAUGCUUUGUGAUCUCUCAAAUGCUACAAAGUCCAAAACAAAUAUUUGCACUAUUAGUAUUUCCAUAGUAAAUGCUAUGCGAAAAUGUACAGCAAUAAAUUUUGAAGCUUUAAAAA